AUGGCCGCGUUCCAGAGCCUAGGAACCACGACGGCGUCGACCUGCGCCCCGGAGACCGCGCACGGCACGCACUUGUUCAAAAUCGACGGCUACAGCCUGUACAGGGGCCUCGGCGUCGGCGUCUGCGUCAACUCCGCCAGCUUCUCCGUCGGCGGCCAUGACUGGUGCCUCUGCGUCUACCCUGACGGCGAGAACGAGGAGUUCGAAGACUGGGUUUCAGUUUACGUCGAGCUCAAGACCAAGAACACCGAGGUGAGGGCGCUCUACGAUCUGAGGAUUGUUGACAGGAUCACCAGAUCGACGCAGUCCUUCUAUACGCCGCCUAACCCUAGCGGGAUAGAGCCCACUGUGUUUGACACCCUUGACGGUGAAGUGUCUUUAUGCGGCAAUACCGAUUUCUUGAGGAAGAGUGAGAUUCAUAAGUAUCUUAUGGACGACAUUCUUCUCAUCGAGUGCAAUCUGACAGUGAUCAAGCUCAAGGAGACCAUCAUGAACGCCCGGGUCCAAGUGCCGCCCUCAGACCUGGUGAAUAAUCUUGGCACAUUCCUAGAGUCCACAGAGGGAGCUGAUGUGUUUUUCAAGGUCAAAGAGCAGGUUAUCCCAGCUCACAAAUUCAUCCUCGCUACACAGUCGCCCGUCUUCAGGGCAGAGUUUUAUGGGCCGAUGAGAGAUGAGCAUAGAUGCAGUACUAUAACCAUUGAAGGUAUGCAGCCCGCUGUUUUCAGAGGCCUCCUUCGCUUCUUCUACACGGAUUCAUUGCCUCAGAUGGAUGAACUCGAUGAUGAUGAGUAUGAAGAAAUGGUUAGGCAUUUACUUGUUGCUGCAGAUAGGUAUGCCAUGGAAAGGAUGAAGUUGAUGUGCGAGAGCAAGCUUUGUGAGAGUCUUCAUGCCGAGACUGUGGCGAUCACGUUAGCUCUAGCCGACCAGCAUAACUGCAGCCAGCUUAAAGAUGCUUGCAUUGAGUUUAUCAACUCCUCUAAUAGAAUGAAUGAUGUGGUGGCAAGUAAUGGGUUUGACCAUCUGAAAAGAGCAUGUCCUACUAUAUUUAUUGACAUAUGGGAGAAAGCAGCCAAGACACGCAAAAUUUUGUAUGCUGAUCAUGGAUUAACUUCAGCCUAG